AUGGGAAAGGGACAAAGCAAAAUUAAGAGAGAUGGCAACAAUGCAGCAUCGGCGGCUGGAGGAUCAAAGAAGCCAAGCAAGACAACAAAGAAGAGAAACGAUAAAAAUGUAAAGGGUUCGACAGAGGCAAGCAAUGCUUCAACUGCCGGCGAUAUGAGGGCGACAGACACGACUCCAGCAGCCGCCACACACAACGCAGAGCAGCCAUCUACCCAGCAGGCAGACAAGAACCUCACCUCAAAGCAAUCCCAGAACCAGAUAUCACAACAACAGCAGCAACAACAGCAGCAAACACCACAACAACAACAGGGCGAGCAAGCAAAGGAUAAUGGCGCGACACAAGAGGUUGGCGAUGACGAUGAGGGUCCCGAGGAGAUCAUCUUCUCCAAGAACAAGCAGUCCGUCACCAAGGACGACUUUGAGCUGCUCACGGUCAUUGGCAAGGGAAGCUUUGGCAAGGUGAUGCAAGUGAGAAAGAAGGACGACAACAAGAUAUACGCCAUGAAGGUGCUGAGGAAGGAGGCCAUCAUCGCUCGCAAGCAAGUCAAUCACACCAAGUCCGAGAAGACCAUCCUUCAAGGCAUUGCACAUCCAUUCAUUGUUAACCUUCACUUUGCUUUCCAAACUCGCGACAAACUAUAUAUGGUCCUCGACUUUGUUAAUGGUGGAGAACUGUUCUUCCAUUUGAAGAGGGAGGGUAGGUUCUCUGAGCCACGCGUCAAGCUGUAUGCGGCAGAGAUCGUGUCGGCACUGGCACAUCUGCAUCAGCAGGACAUUGUGUAUCGUGACCUCAAGCCAGAGAACAUCCUGUUGGACUCUGAGGGACACAUUUGUAUAACAGACUUUGGCCUGUCCAAGAAGAUCGAAACCACCGAUGGAACGUUCACAUUCUGUGGCACGCCCGAGUACCUUGCGCCCGAGGUGCUGAACGGCCACGGUCACGGCUGCGCAGUCGACUGGUGGAGCUUGGGAACGCUGCUCUAUGAGAUGCUCACAGGCCUGCCCCCCUUCUACUCGCAGAACGUCUCGAUGAUGUACCAGAAGAUCCUCAACGGCGAGCUCAAGAUCCCCAGCUACAUCUCGCCCGAGGCGCGCUCGCUGCUCGAGGGUCUGCUGACGCGUGAGGUCGACCGUCGUCUGGGAUCAAAGAGCGGCAACGACGUCAAGAAUCACCCAUGGUUCAAGAGCAUCGACUGGGACAAGCUGGACAGGAAGGAGAUAGAGGUGCACUUCAAGCCCAAGGUAAAGUCCGGCAACGACAUCAGUCAGAUCGAUCCACUGUUCACUCAGGAGAAGCCAAUGGACAGCAUUGUCGAGGGUUCCACUCUCAGCGACGCCGUCAACAAGGAGAACAGUUUCGAAGGUUUCACUUAUGUUGCCGAGUCCGUGCUCACUAAAUAA